GUCUCGUGGCUGCAACUCGGAUGCUGGGUGUCUGCGCGAUAAAACCAUCAUUUGAUUAGGAUUUUGAAAUAGUCCAUCUUCUACCGUAGUGUUGUCUGUUGCGUCGUGGUUUGUAGUCGAGAAAGUUUUUAAGCUAGUAUUUGCCUUUUAGUAUACUUGACCUAAGUUACGUGAAGAGCCCGCUAAGUGGUAUUGCGAAUAUUUGAAUCAAGGAAGGUGAUCAUGAAGAUAUUAGUGAUUUUGACGACUCUAAUAGUGGGUGCAUUGGCCGACCCUCAGAUUUUAUAUCCGGCAAUCGGUCUGCGACCGAAAGCUUUCCGAAAAGGAUUCUACCCAGUGAUUCUUCCAGUUCCAAUAGCUCCAAUUGCACCUAUAGUUCCAGUACCAGUAGCACCUUUAGUACCAGUAGCCCCUGUUGUACCGGUAGGAGUAGCCCCGGUGGCACCAAUUGCACCAGCUGUUCCCUACGGCUAUGGAAGAGCUGCAGGGUUUGGCGGUGGUGGCAGUAACGCAGAAGCACAAACAGCCUCGUUCAGCAUCGGGCCCGGCGGUAUUACCGGUUCGUUCAGCAAGUCGGCAGCCAAUGCAGAUUCAUACGGCAGUGGGGGUUUUGGUGGAGCGGGAGCAGCCGCAAGCGCUGUAGCAGAAUCGGAAUCAUAUGGAGGAGGUUUCGGAGGUUUCGGUGGCUCAUCGGCUAACGCGCAUGCGUCAGCAAAUUCAUAUGGAGGUGGUGGUCUGUUACCAUUCUACGGAUGAACACCUACCAAGCUGCGAAUUUAUGAUAUUUAUUACUAAUUGUGACUAAUUAGUACAUGUGACUUGAUAGCGUGGUAAUAAAUGUAUGCUUAAAU